GCACGUGCCAUCGCUAUCUUAUCGGAUGGCGCUAGUGAAAAAAAGUCGGACGUUCAUCCAAAAUUUCUGAAGUCCAUACUUAUCCAUCGACAAUCCAGCACAACGACAAGCUGGUUUAGAAAGAAAUACCGCCAACAUGAGAAUCGAAACCUGUUAUUUUUGCUCGCAGCCCUGCUACCCAAGUAAGGGCAUAACAUUCGUUCGUAACGAUGCGCGAACCUUUAGAUUCUGCCGCAGCAAAUGCCACAAGAACUUCAAAAUGAAGCGUAAUCCCCGUAAACUCAAAUGGACCAAAGCAUUCCGCAAAGCCGCGGGCAAAGAAAUGGUCGUCGACAGCACCCUCAACUUCUCCGCCCGCCGCAACGUUCCCGUCCGUUACAACCGUGAACACAUCGCCACCACCCUCAAAGCCAUGCAACGUGUAUCUGAAAUCCGGGCCCGUCGCGAACGUGUCUUCUACAAGAAGCGUAUGGAAGGCAAUGUGGCUAGACAACGAGAAGCCAACCGAAAAUUGGUUGCAGAGAACGAGCACUUGCUACCCAAGAUGCGCGGCAGCGAGAAGAAGAGACUCGAGGAGUUGGGAGAAGAGGUCAACGAGUUGGAUUUGGAGAGAGAGCAAAGAAGUGUGUUUGGAAAGCAGAAGAUCAGGCUCAAGGAGUUGGUUGAUGGGGGUGUGGAGGAGGCUGAUGAUAUGGAGAUGGAUGAUUAAGGGAAUUGUGAAAACAUCCGGUUUUGAGAUUGAUGUCACAUAUGGCUUGCGGCUGGCCAUCAGAAGCUGGUUUGGAAACAAGAUUAUUCCAUUUGACCUCCUUCGAAUCGCCAAUACCUGGAUCAGCAAUGUUGUAAGGACUCACCAGAAAGCACGUCAUGAAAAGUCAAUCUUUGUUAGGAAGGAUGGAGUUUAUGGAUUUGUAAAAAGGGCGUUUUGGUAUCGCAAUAAUUAUAUUAGCCUAUCUUAGGAGAAUUUCGCAAGAUGAGAAUUGCAAGACAAGCCAAGAUUCAAAAUUUUCCUUCUGCAAAGUCCAGUAUCGAAAUGAGUGGGGGAGAGAGGCAUACACAUGGCUGUAAACAAAGUCUUUUAAAUCAUCAUUCUUGGUAGCAUACCUCUAUAUAGCAUAUGUCCUCCCAAUUU